UCAGCAGCUGAUUCAUUGUUAUUAGAGAGAAUAUUAAAAACAAAUUUAUUUUUUACAACAUUUAUUGUUUGUAGCCUCAAGCUCUUGUCACAAUCGAUGGCCACACAUAAAGUAAAAGAUGCCGAGCCGCCGCCGAGCUAUGAGGAGGCUGUAAGUGUGCAUAUUAUGCCCACAGCUCCUCCUCCUGCUGCACCUCUUCAUCAUCAACAGGAUGCACGACUAAUAGCUGGCAUUCAUCAGGGAGGUGCGCACGGUGCCCCCAACAUGGCAAGCUAUGGAGCCUUUGAGACGACUCCAGUUAACAUUGUGGUACAGCCCAUGCCGCCACUCACAAGAACAGCCGAGAUAAUUGUCAUUGGCGGUUGUCCGUCAUGUCGUAUUGGCGUUUUGGAAGACUCAUUUUCUGUACUUGGUCUUUGCUGUGCAAUUGUCUUCUUUCCAGUGGGCAUUCUUUGCUGCCUGGCUAUGCGCGAGAAACAUUGCACCAACUGUGGAACGACAUUCUAAGUUAAGCUUUACUUAUUUUACCUACAACUAUGUACAUACAUUCGACUAUAUCUUUUUCCUUACAUAUACAUAUAUAAAAUUGCAUUGUUAA